CAUUGGCUGACACCGAACCCGGAAGUGUUGGAGCCCCACAGCUGAUCCGAUCGGAUCUGGAUUGAUCCAAGCUCCUGCACCUUCCCAAUGUGAUGGCCACACGGUUUGAGAUUGGGGAGCCGGACUCUGAUCCCAGCGAGGAAUGGGAGCUCCGAGGGGGGAGUUCCCAGCCGGAUCUUGGACAGCUCCCUGGGAAUGCUGGGCCGAGUCCCAGAGAGACCAGGGCCAGGCGGGUGGAAGAGGCUGAGACGGUGGUGUUCCAGGAUGGCAUUCCCAUCGCUCGGAGGGUGACGCUUCCCGAAGUGGAACUGCUGGAGGACGUGUCGGUGUUCCGGAAUCGUACCCGCUCAGAGCCUCCGAACUUCUGGCUGGCUGUCCAGUACGGCCGGGAGCUCCGCAGGAUGAGCGAUGAGUUUGUCUCCAGCUACAUCGAGCGUAGGCGUCUGCCCGUGUCCAAGAGCGCAGGGACCCUGGCCGCUCGGGUCUAUCGGAAAGUGAUGGACAUGUUCCCCAGGAAGGACUCUGUGGACCCCCGGCCGGGGGGCGACUGCUGAGCUGACCUUCCGGAACCAUCCGCCACCUCGAAUCGACAGCUGGAGCCUUAACGAGGAGCGAUGGGAGAGAGAGGGUCUCCCCGUGGGACUGAGAUUCUGGCUGUCGGACAAUCCAACAUUCCCACUCGGAGCCGGAUUCCCUGCACGUGAACAAAUCUUUAUUGAACUGCACUGCACCCCACGGCUGACUUUACCAGGAACCAUCGUCUGCCCCUGGCGUGUUCCCUCUGCCCCUGGCGUGUUCCCUCUGCCCCUGCCUGCCCCUAGCGUGUACCCUCUGCCCCUGGCAUGUUCCCUCUGCCCCUGCCUGCCCCUAGCGUGUACCCUCUGCCCCUGGCAUGUUCCCUCUGCCCCUGCCUGCCCCUGGCGUGUACCCUCUGCCCUUGGCAUGUUCCCUCUGCCCCUGCCUGCCCCUAGCGUGUACCCUCUACCUCUGGCGUAUACCCUCUGCAGUCUGUGCCCACCCCUGGGCUGGAUAUGUGUGUUCCCUGAAGCAUCGGGGAGGUGGCUGAUGUCUGUACAGUCAUCAGGGACAUGGAUAGGGUCUCUUCCCUGGGGUGGGGGAGUCCAGAACUAGAGGGGCAUAGGUUUAGGGUGAGAGGGGAAAGAUAUAAAAGAGACCUAAGGGGUAACUUUUUCACACAGAGGGUGGUACGUGUAUGGAAUGAGCUGCCAGAGGAUGUGGUGGAGGCUGGUACAAUUACAACAUUUAAGAGGCAUUUGGAUGGGUAUAUGAAUAGGAAGGGUUUGGAGGGAUAUGGGCCGGGUGCUGGCAGGUGGGACUAGAUUGGGUUGGGAUAUCUGGGACAGCAUGGACAGGUUGGGCCGAAGGGUCUGUUUCUGUGCUGUCCCAUCUCUUAUGACUCUCUAUCCAUGAGAGCGGUAUUUCACUCUGAGGGUGGAGAGCAACCCCGGGUCCCAAUGUCCACCCCCACAACACCCCCCCUCUCCCCACCCCACCCCCUUCAACACCCCAACACACUGCAGACUUUCCCCAAGGCUUUGUGGAAAAUGGGAACGGGAACAGGCCAUUUGGCCCUCUCCAGCCUGCUAGCCCCAUUCCAUUGGACCAUCCGACUCAGUCCCCUGUUCCCACUCCCCCCGCCCCUCCCCCAAGACCCUUGAACCCUGGGAACUAUAUGAAGCCCCUUGAAAACAUUCGGCGAGCUGGCACCAAUGGAUUUCUGUGGGACAGUAUUCCCACAGUCCCACCCCCCGGGUGAAGACAUUCCUCCCUGUCUCAGUCCCAAACGGCCCUCUAUCCUGUAACCUUAGACUUUAACCCCCUCCUCCACCCUGUUCUGGUCUCCCCUCCCGUCCUUGGGGACUGUCCUUCGUGCGUUUACUCCGUCAGCUCCUUCCAAACCCACGGCCACUUCCAUCCAGAAGGACAAGGGGCAGCAGGUACACGGGAACACCACCCCCUGCAAGUUCCCCCCCGAGCCCCUCACCAUCCCGACUUGGAAAUAUCUCACCGUUCCCUCAGUGUGGCUGGGAAAGAAUCCUGGGAUUCCCUCCCUAAGGGACACUGUGGGUCUACCUACUGCUUUUCUCAUUCUGCUUAUCCAGCGUUUUCCCCUCUUUCCCCCCCACCCCCUCCCCCCCCCCAGAGACCGGAUACUGUGUACACGGUAACUCCGAGUGUGGGACACGGGGACCGGGGACUGUGUACACGGUAACUCCGAGUGUGGGACACGGGGACCGGGGACUGUGUACACGGUAA